AACUUAAGAUAUUACUUUUUGAAUCAUAUUGUACACGUUAAGCAAAACCUCAGCUAGCUAUAACAGAAUUACAGAAGCAACUGCAUAAUUUUCUUUAUGUAACACUUUAUAAUAUGUAUAACAAACAAUUCCAACAUGUUUUUCUUAUCUGGUUCAGACUUUUCUAUGCCUUCAAGACUUUAUCUUCCUCCACAUACGUAGAAAUCAAUGAAUAUAUAUAAAGGAGAAGAAAUACAAAGUUCCUUUCAAGUUACAAGUAUUCUAAAGACCAUGAGACACAAGUUUUCAUUCAUUUACCUUGUCAUAUUCUUGCUCAUAUUACCACAUUCUAAUUAUGGUAGACCUAUCACAAAAGAGGCACCUCUAUUGAUGGUUUCUGAUGGAAUCCAUGAUCAUAGUAGUGAGCCUUCUCUUAUUUAUGUGAACAAGCUAGGUUCUUCAGAUACAUGCACAGAAGCUUAUGGAUUUUUGCCCUGUACAAAUAAUGCUCUAGGUAAUGUGUUCCUCAUGUUGGUGUAUGGCUACUUUAUGUUCUUGGCAGCAAAGUCAUUAUCAGCUGGCAGUGAGAUUUUGCUUCAAAUUCUUGGACCUGGCAUCAUUGGUGGACUAUUCCUCCCUCUCUUGAGUUCUCUUCCUGAUGCAACCAUCAUUCUUGCAUCUACAUUAUCUGGGAACAAAGAAACAGCUCAAAGUCAGGUCUCUGUGGGAAUGGGACUACUUGCUGGAUCAACUGUAAUGCUUCUAACUAUUCUAUGGGGUUCCUGUCUUAUAGUUGGAAGGUGUGACCUUGAAAAUUCAGUAGCAAUUGAUCAAAAGGAUACAAAAGGCUUUGACUUAGCUGGAUCUGGUGCAAGCACUGAUAUUUGGACAAGCUAUGCUGCAAUGUUGAUGAUAAUAUCUUGCAUUCCACUUGUUAUUGUGCAAUUACCCCAAAUUUUUCAUGGAGCUACUCCAAGUCGCGCAGCCAUUCUAUUUUCGCUCAUUGUCUCCAUUUGUUUAUUGGUUGUCUAUACCAUUUAUCAGGUUUGUCAGCCAAGGAUUCAGAGGAGAAGACUUGCAUAUGCCAAGUACAAGAACAUAAUGUCAGGAUUUCUAGAACAAUUGAAAACACAAACAAGAGGCCGUUUCCUCAAAGACAAUGGUGAACCUCACAUUGAGGUUAUACAAAAGUUGUUUGACUCACUCAAGAAUUCUGAAGGGUACAUAACAGCCAAAGAUUUAAGAGCUUUAAUCAUAGGAAUGCACUUUGAGGAGGAAGAUAUGGACAUUGAUGAAGCUGUUGCAAGCAUCAUGUUGGAUUUUGACAAGUCACAUGACUCUAGAAUUGACAUGGAAGAGUUUGUGAGAGGAAUAACAAGAUGGCUUAGCAAAGCUACGCGAUCCGCCACACACGACAAUGAUCACAGUCCCACAACACCUAAGAUUCUAAAUGAUUUCCAUCAGAGGAUGAAAGCAGAACAAGAUGUAUGGAGUGAUCACAGUGAUGAGGCUGUGGAGAGUGUAAAGAAUCCAAGAUGGAAUACUUUCAAAGCAGUGUUGAUGUUGCUUCUAGGAACUGCUGUGGCUGGUGUAUUUGCUGAUCCUCUUGUUGAUUCAGUGGACAACUUCUCAGCAGCCACUAGUAUCCCUUCUUUCUUUGUUUCCUUCAUCAUCCUUCCUUUCGCCAGCUCCAGCGAAAUUGUGUCGGCUCUUAUUUUCGCCAGCCGGAAGAAGAUCAGAACCGCCUCACUCACAUAUUCUGAGAUAUAUGGAUCAGUGACAAUGAGCAAUCUCCUUUCAUUAUCAGUUUUCUUGGGUUUGGUUUACAUUCAAAACCUGACAUGGAGUUUCUCAGCUGAGGUUUUGAUCAUUCUCAUUGUGUGCAUAACAAUGGGACUUGUUGCAAGCUUUCACACUACCUUGCCUCUAUGGCUAUGCUUCCCUGCCUUUGCACUUUAUCCAUUCUCUCUGCUUUUCGUCUAUAUUCUUAAUUAUGUUGUUGGAAUACCUUAAAAUCAAUCCUUAUUUUCAUUAAAUUUAGUUUUAAGCCAUUGUUAAAUAUUAAUAUCAAAUUAUUUAGAAAACUAUCUUUUAGCAAGCAUUAUUAGUCCGACCAUUGCAACUUUUUUAACAUAAUAUUCUAAGGAGUUGUUGGGUUUAGUUUGAAGAUUGCAUCAUGAUUCUUGUUAGAAUUAACACUUUGGUGCAUUGUAAAAUUUGGAAGUCCCUUUUCUGACAAGGUAAAAUACUACUCUCAUGAAUUUUAUAUAUAAUAUCAUGAAAGUCAACAUAAACACCCUGAUAUUAGGGAUCUUGAUUCUUCACACUUCACUAAACCUUGUGUUAAAGAAAGACAAGGAAGAUUAAAUAGAAUCUUGUCAGUUUAAUUUGCUAAUUAAGCUCACAUGGGAUUACCACCUAAUCUGCCAUACCAUUAUCACCAGCGCUUAUAAUUAUAUGUUUAGGUUACCAAACACCAAAUCCUUUCUUUAGAAAUAAUGAUAAUUAAAAUACGAUGCAGAGUCAAAUUCAACACAAAAUCUCUUAGAUUUGACUAACGCGUACGAAAUAAGAUUUCAAACU